AAUUUAUAGCUUAUACUUGAAAAAUAUGAUAAGAAAUCUAAAUAUUUGAGUAUUUGGAGCUAGUUAUUCUAGUAGGUUGGAAAAAAUGAUAUUUAGAUAUUAGGAUUUUGUCAUAUAUGGCUAAAUCCGAAAAUUUGGGGAAAUAUAUGAAUUUUUGUUAUUUUCACUUGUGAUUGUUUUAUGGUAUUAUUAAGUUAGAUUAGUUGAAAAUAACUUAUCUUAUGCUUGAAUUCUCACUUUGGAUGAAUAUGGAAAAUAUAAGAAAGGAGCUUUUGAUAAGAUUUAUGUAUUUAGUUAAAAGAGAAUUUAAAUAAGCAAUGUGGAUGAUUAUUAUCAUAAAAAAACUUAUUGAAUUUUUACGGGGCAGCCGGGAAAGGUUAGUAUUAAAGAGUGAGGGAUGUAGAGUGAUUCAAAAUUAAGUGAACGUAUGUUUAAGUAACCAAAUAAAAAGAUAAAUAUUAAGUCUCAGCUUAUUGAGGGAUAUAUAUAUAUAUAUAUUUUAUUUUAUUUUGAUGAUAAGAAAGAGUUAUUAUUGAGAAAUCCCUUGUAAUUGUAUAUGGAUGGAAUUAAAGUAGCUUAUAUUUAUGAUCGUUUCAGGAGGGGAUUUGGACGUGGGAACAGCAUACCAGCCCCGUUAGUCCAGCCUAUACUUGAGGCUGUUGACUGAGCGGUGGUGGAGAUUAUUUUGAUAGUUUUGCAGCCAUUGCUACCACCAAUUGUAGGUUCUUUUGUUUGAAAUUGUGUAAUCAUCAAGUAAAAUAUUUACAUCAUAUUGGAGGAAAAUUAUUUUGGUAUUUAUAUACACCAAUGAUCAUGAUGUAAUAUUGUAAUCUAAACAGCUUCCUAUUAUCCUUUUGAGAGGCAGUUUUGAUGUAUAUGUUAUGGAUGUUUUUGGUUAAACGAGCAAAUGAUAGUAUUAUGUUGGUAUUUUAUUUGGAGUUUAGAAAGAUUUUAAUUGGUCAAAUGAAGCUUUAUUAUUAAAGUUUAGCUACUUUUGCCUUGGUGAUGGGUCCAGUGCCUAGCUGGCACUUAUCAUCGGCUCACGUCACGUCUUAAGUCUUAGGACGGGAUGUGUCAGGAGCCAUUCAUCCAUUGACAGAAAAGGUGAUCGAUUAUAUCAAUCUCACUUUAAGCCACAAAAAGCUCCUCACAAACUGGAUUAAUUCGAUGCCACCAUUGAAAUUUGGGGAUCAAAUGAUUCCAGAAGAAGAGUUGGGGGAUCUUAAUGGAAGAAGUCAUUUUGAACUUCAUUUGAUUUUGAUCAUUGUCGUUUUACAACUAAAUUUGAAGGGCAAAUCGGAGCAAUACAAGCAUGUUCCUUUGAGGCAUUUGUUCAUGAUGAACAAUGUUUUUUACAUCGUACAAAAGAUCCAACGAUCUCAUGAGUUGUACGAGAUGAUUGGCGAUGAUUAUGUGGCGAAACUGAACUGGAAUGUUGAGCAAGCCAUGACAAGCUAUCAGGUCUCGACUUGUAACAAGUUUUUGUCUUGUUUUCGAGAGGACGGACUUUAUGUUAGUUGGUGGUGCUUUUGUUCUCAAGUGUCGAAAGGUGCACUAAGGAAACGUUUCACGGCCUUUAAUUCCCAGUUUGAAGAGAUCCAGAAAUUUCACUCAAACUGUACAGUACCCGAUUUGGAGCUCCGGGAAAAGCUUCGUGUGUCCAUGGUUGACAAGCUGAUUCCAGCAUACAAGGAAUUCCUACGCAAAUUCAGGACAUAUACUGAGAUUGAGCAGAACAGUGAAACACAAACGAAAAGUUUUCAGAAAAUAAAUGUAAAGCAUUCAGUUGAGGAUCUUGAGGCUUUGAUCUCAAAGCAUUUGUUUUCAUAUAAUGAAAUUUGAACUC